AUGUUCUAUGUGAUCUCACAUCAUAAAUCCUUCUAUGUUACAGAUGUUAUUUUCUGCCAUUCUGUUGGUUUAGGAUCUCACACGGGGGAGAAGCCAUUUUCCUGUAAUCAGUGCGGGAAAUGUUUUUCACACAAAUCUCAUUUUUCCAGACAUCAGAGGUUACACUCAGGUGAGCGGCCAUAUGCCUGCUCUGAGUGCGGGAAAUGUUUCUCACGAAACUCCCAUCUUUCCAGACAUCAGAGAACUCACACAGGGGUUAAGCCGUUUUCCUGCGAUGAGUGCAGGAAAUGUUUUUCACACAAAUCACAUUUUACCAGACAUCAGAGGUUACACACAGGAGAGAAGCCAUUUUCUUGCCCUGAGUGCGGGAAAUGUUUCUCACGGAAGUCUCAUCUUUCCCGACACCAGAGAACUCACACAGGUGAAAAGCCAUUUUCCUGCUCUGAGUGUGGAAAAUGUUUUCUUUGUAAAUCAAAACUGGAUGUACAUCAGAGAUUACACACAGGUGAGAAGCCGUACACCUGUACUGAAUGUGGGAAAUGUUUUUCACAGAAGGCCAGUCUUUCUAGACAUGAGCGACUACACACGGGGGAGAAGCCGUAUUGCUGUCCUGAGUGCGGGAAAUGUUUUUUAGAAAAGUCCAAGCUUUCUAGACAUCAGAGACUGCACACAGGGGAGAAGCCGUAUUUCUGUCCUGAGUGCGGGAAAAGUUUUUCACAGAGGGCCCAUCUUUAUAGCCAUCAGAGAUUGCACAGGGGCGAGAAGCCGUAUUCCUGCCCUGAGUGCGGGAAAUGUUUUCCACAAAAAUCGCACCUUGUUGUGCAUCAAAGAUCUCACACGGGGGAGAAACCGUAUUCCUGCACUGAGUGCGGGAAAUCUUUUUCACAUAAGACCAACUAUUCCAGACAUCAGUUAUUACACACCGGCAAGAAGCCUUAUUCCUGCCCUGAGUGCGGGAAAUGUUUUCCACAGAAGUCCUAUCUUUCAGCACACCAGAAACUGCACAUGGGCGAGAAGCCAUAUUCCUGCCCCGAGUGUGGGAAAUGUUUUGUAUGGAAAUCGGAACUUCUUAUACAUCACAGAACCCACACGGGGGAGAAGCCGUAUUCUUGCCCUGAGUGCGGGAAACGUUUUACACAGAGGGCCCAUCUUUCUAGCCAUCAGAGAUUGCACAGGGGUGAGAAGCCGUAUGCCUGCCCAGAGUGCGGGAAAUGUUAUAAGCAGAAAUCAGACCUUGUUAAACAUCAAAGAUCUCACACAGGGGAGAAACCUUAUUCCUGCCCUGAGUGCGGGAAAGGUUUUGGUCGGAAAUCUGACCUUGCUAUACAUCAGAGAUCUCACACGGGGGAAAAGCCAUUUUCCUGCCCCAAGUGCGGGAAAUGUUUUUCACAGAAGUCUUAUCUUACGCAACAUAGGCGAUCUCACACGGGCGAGAAGCCGUAUUCCUGCCCCGAGUGCGAUAAAUGUUUUUCACAGAAAUCAAACCUUGCUACACAUCAGAGAUCUCACACAGGGGAGAAGCCGCAUUCCUGCCCCGAGUGCGGGAAAUGUUUUUCACAUAAGACCAGUUUUUACAGGCAUCGGCUAAUACACGCAAGCGAGAAACCAUAUUCCUGUCCUAUGUGCGAGAAAUGUUUUGCACGGCAAGCAGACCUUCUUAUGCACCAAAGAUGUCACACAAGGGAGAGGCCGUAUUCCUGCCCUGAGUGCGGGAAAUGUUUUGCACGGCAAUUAGACCUUGAUAUGCAUCAAAGAACUCACACAGGUGAGAAGCCGUUUCCCUGUCCUGAGUGCGGGAAAUGUUUUGGACAAAAGUCGGUACUUGUCAGGCAUCAGAAAUCUCACACAGGGGAGAGGCCACAUUCCUGCCCUGAGUGUGGGAAAUGUUUUGGACAGAAAUCAGUACUUGUCAGGCAUCAAAGGUCUCACACAGGGGAGAACCCGUCAAACCUGCCCUGA